AUGGGAAACAACAUUUCUUACCAAACCUCAGAGUGCCAGGUCAAACUUCCUGGACUAAAAGGAAGUAUUAAGGGUCAACAGUAUGACAAGAAAUCACGCCGUUUCGCCAACGUCCCAUAUGCCCUUCCACCGACCGGUGAACGACGAUGGAGAAAGCCAGAACCCCUACCCGAGUCUUACUCCUACUCUACAGAAGGAGGACCGUUCGAUGCGACCUCAUUCGGCCAGGUCUGUCCUCAACCAAACUAUUCCGCCUCGGUGAAGAAGAAACUCCCUCAGCACGAGUUCGGGGAAGAUUGCCUGCGACUGAACAUCUGGACUCCCGUUCAGAGAGAAGGAGAAACCAACCCCAAAUGGCCGGUGAUGAUUUGGUUCCACGGAGGAUGGUUCCAAAUCGGGGACCCCAGUCAGGAAGAGGCGAUGAAUCCGACAGAGUUGAUCUCGACCGGCAAUCUAAAUGCCGUGUUCAUUGCCGUGGGAUACCGUCUCAACGUGUUUGGAUUCCUGGCUGGCGAUGCGCUGCGAGAGGAGAGCCAGGCAGGGGAAGUGGGAAACUACGGACUCUGGGACCAGAGGCUCGCGAUGGACUGGGUCUACGAGAAUAUCGCUGCGUUCGGUGGAGAUCCGUUGAAUAUUACGCUCUCGGGUCGAAGUGCUGGUGCCUACGCCGUACAGGCGCAGACUUUGUAUGAUUUCCGAGGAGAUCUGUCGGAAGGUUCGAGAGAUCGUUUUCGUCGGCUGGUCAUGUACUCCAAUGCAAUUCCGACGCAACCAAAGACGCCAGAGGACUGCCAACCGCAGUUCGACGAGCUGUGCGAGCAUUUCCAAAUUGCGCCCUCGCUCUCUGGGUCCGACAAGCUGAAGGCUCUGCGUCAGAUCAGUGCUCAGGACCUCUGCGAUACCAUCAUGAAAUUGAAGCAUCAUACUUUCCGUCCGGUCACUGACGGGGUCUUCAUCCAUCCUGAUAUCUUCGAAUAUUAUCGAGACGGGUCGUUCGCCCGGGAGUUCAAGCGCAGAGGAUUGCGGAUCUUCAUCGGAGAGGUGUUGAAUGAAGAGACGCUGUAUGCUGUGACGAAUGGACCGGAGGCUAGUCGCGAGUCUCUCGAGCUGCAGGUUUCCAAUUAUUACUCUCCGUCGACUACGUCGCGUCUGUUACACCAUUAUUCACUCCCUACGUCGACUGAGAAAAAAGACUGGGAGGCCGUGUUUGGGCGCAUCGUGUCGGACGGUCAGGUCCGAGCACCUUCUCGAUUUCUUGUCGACAAUCUGCUGUCCCACGGUGUGGAAAUAAGAGACGUGUGGCGGUAUCUUAUCGCCUAUCGUCUAUCAUUUAUUACACCCCAGGUGGCACCUGAGUCGUUUGGCGUUAGUCAUGCCAUGGACCGGCCUUUCUGGAAUUAUUCGAUCAUGCAUGGCCCGACUUCAAUGGAGAGACAGCUUAUGACAGAUUGGAUCCGUGAUCUGUCCGCGUUUGUUGGAAAUGAGCAAGGAUACGAGUAUGGUACGAGCAAGGAGGAUGACUACAAAGUGAUUACACCGGAGGGAAACAUAGAAGUGCAGAAAGACGCUCGUUGGACAGAACUGCUAGAUUUGAUGAAUGUCUUCGCCGGGUGA